GUUCUCGAAGGGUUUCCUUAUUUAACAUGGUAGAUGAGCGGAUUCUGUUGGUAACAGGAAUCCCAUCGAAGGCGUUCAACGGUGAAUAUCUUUAUAAGCUUUUCAGUGAAUAUGGAGCCAUUCAGCAAAUAAGUAUAGGCUCUUCUUCCCUCACUAAGGGCUGCGCAAUAGUAGUAUACGAGCAAUGCGAAUCAGCCACUAAUGCCAUUUCUGCGCUGAAUGAUUAUGCCAUUGGGAAGGAUCGCAUCUUGCGCAUUUCAGUAUAUGACGAAGUUAGGGAUAAGAAGGCUCUAGAACGAAGAAAGAGAAGGAGGGAUUUACAUGCAGAAUAUAAGAAAAGUAUAUUUGAAUCUGUUGCAGGGAAGGACUAGAAUUGAAUGCCAAGUUUGUUAAGAGAUCUGUUUUAACAUCGCAUUAUGCGUUUGUAAAAGAAAA